UCAAAUGCACUCUUAGUCUAUAUUUUAUAAAAUUACACACAACUAACUAUUAAAUUAAAAAAAUUUAUAAGCAAUUUUUUCCUAAUCUAGUAAUUCGUUUUUAAUUUUAAUUCAAUACAAUCUGAAACGUAAAAAUGAGGCAUUUGGUCUUUGGUUCUAGAACCGUGGUAUGAGUGCUUGAUCUGCCUUUACUAUUGAAAUUUGGAGAAACGGAUCCCAAUGGCCGGCACUGUAUCUUUCAACCCAGCAUUAGAUGCUGUUGUCUCUGAGGACAACAGAACGGUGUCUUUUAGGAGGAGAACAAUGAAUUCCUCCAGUAAAUCCAGGUAUUCUUUGAAUAGAAGAGGUAGGAGAAGCAAUAAAGUGAUGUCUCUGGAAAUAGAAGAUGAGCAUGAUGAUGAGGAGGUGCAGGUUGUUGAGGCAUUGCGUCAGGCACUUAUAUCAGAGGAACUAUUGCCAGAAAAGCAUGAUGAUUACCAUAUGUUGCUUAGAUUUUUGAGGGCUAGGAAAUUUGAGAUUGAUAAAACAAAACAAAUGUGGUCUGAUAUACUCCAGUGGAGGAAAGAAUUUGGUGCUGACACAAUAAUGGAGCCCCACGGACACCAUGGAGUAGAUAAAGAAGGGCGACCUGUGUACAUUGAGAGGCUAGGUGGAGUAGAUUCCACAAAGCUCAUGCAAGUAACAACCAUGGACCGUUUUAUCAGAUACCAUGUAAAGGAGUUUGAGAGGACCUUUUCUGAUAAGUUUCCAGCUUGUUCAAUUGCAGCAAGGAGGCAAAUUGAUCAAAGUACAACCAUCUUGGAUGUGCAAGGAGUGGGUCUUAAAAACUUUAACAAAGCUGCAAGGGAACUUAUAACUCGUCUUCAGAAGAUAGAUGGUGAUAAUUAUCCUGAGACUUUGAACUGCAUGUUCAUCAUCAAUGCAGGUUCCGGAUUUAGAAUGUUGUGGAACACUGUUAAGAGUUUCCUUGAUCCUAAGACCACAGCCAAGAUCCAUGUGCUUAGCAAUAAGUUCCAGCCCAAGUUGCUCGAAAUAAUUGAUGCUAGUGAGUUACCAGACUUUUUGGGAGGUACUUGUACUUGUGCUGAGCAUGGAGGCUGCAUGCUUUCUGAUAAGGGCCCAUGGAAGGACCUAGAGAUCAUGAAGACUGAAAGCGCUGUAGAGAAGACAAUUUCUGUGGCUGAUGUUGUCUACUCAAAGCCCACUGAGGCUUGUGACUCUCCUGACAUUGUAAUUCCAGCAGUAGAAAUCCUGCGAUCUAUCUCCUCUAAACUUUCAAGGAAACAUAUAGAGCAUCCAGGAUUGUCUCCUGUUCAUGAAAACGUAAGAAUACCAGACUUGUUACUCCUCCUUCUUCUUAGAGGUUUCAGGUAAAGCACUAAGAUUAGCCAAAUCUAUCUAGAUAUAGAAUCCAAUUUAGUGGCGCCAUAAUUUACCUGCGAGUUGAAUAACCAGCUUAUUAUAGUUGUAACUUAUAUAAGCAUAAAUGAUAUGUUGGUCG